AUGUACACUGAUCAUCAGGGCCCUGAUGAUCAGUGUGGCCCCAGAAUCAGUGCUCAUCAGUGCCACAUGCCAGUGCCCAUCAGUGCAUACCAGUGCACAUCAAUGCCACAUAUCAGUGCCCAUCUGAGCUGCCUUUCAAUGUCACCCAUCAAUGCCAAUCAUGUCGCCUAUCAGUGCGCAUCAGUGCCGCCUAUCAGUGCCAUAACAGUGCCAUAUAUCAGUGCUGCCUUUCAGCGCCCAUCAGUGAUGCCUGUCAAUGCCCAUCAGUGCAACCUACCAGUGCCUCCUCAUCAGUGCACCUAUCAGUGCAGCCUAUCAGUGCCCAUCACUGUAGCCUCAUUAGCGCACAUCAGU